AGCUAUUGGAAUGGUCUCUUCCUGUUUACGUCAUUAGCAGAUGCACCACUCAGCGCCCAGGGGGUGCGUGACGUGUAUGAGGAAGUGUUUUCAUACACCUGCUGACGAGAGAAGACGGAGGGUCGGACAGCACCAGUAGAGUCCAGCAGCAGCGGAGUGGAGGUGUGUGUGAUGAGGCUGCCUUUGACGCCGUAGCGUUUGCUGGGAUGGAGAUCCUGGUGGCCAAGCUGCUCGGCCUGCUGGGAUUGUUCGGCCUCGUGCUGGCUGGCGUGCUGGUCCCAGUGCGCCUGCUGCUGGUCGACUACGACAAGGCGCACAGAUACAGGAGGGCUCUGUCUCUCUGCAACUCGUUCGGAGGAGGCGUUUUCCUGGCGACGUGCUUCAACGCUCUGCUGCCCACCGUCAGAGACAAGGUGGCCGACGUGUUCCGGCAGCUGAAGAUCAGCAGCGACUAUCCUCUGGCUGAGACGAUGAUGAUGCUCGGCUUCUUCCUCACCGUGUUCGUGGAGCAGGCCGUCCUCACCUUCAGGAAGGAGAAGCCGUCCUUCAUCGACCUGGAGACCUUCAACGCCGGCGGCUCCGAGGCCGGCAGCGACUCCGAGUACGACACGCCCUUCAUCUCCUCGGCGCGGGGCUCGCCGGGCGGCGGCGGCGGCGGCAGUCGCGGUUCGCACGGACACCAGCACGGACACCAGCACGGACACUUCAGCCCCGCCGAGCUGGCGGGGGCGGGCCCUCUGCGGCUGGCCAGCCUGGUCCUGGCUCUGUCGGCUCACUCGGUGUUCGAGGGGCUGGCGCUCGGCCUGCAGGAGGACGGAGGAAAGCUGGGCGGCCUCUUCCUGGGCGUGGCCGUGCACGAGAUGCUGGCCGCCGUGGCGCUCGGGGUGAGCGUGGCCAAGGCGUCGCUCGGCAUGAAGGACGCGGCCAAGCUGGGCGUCACGGUCAGCCUGAUGAUCCCGCUGGGGAUGGUGGUGGGGAUGGGCAUCGAGUCGGCUCAGACGCUGGCGGGCGCCGUGGUGUCGGUGGUGCUGCAGGGACUCGCCGCCGGCACCUUCCUGUUCGUCACCUUCUUUGAGAUUCUGUCCCGAGAGCUGGACGAAAAACAGGACCGGCUGCUCAAAGUGCUCUUCCUCAUCCUCGGCUACACGGCGCUCGCCGCACUCGUCUUCAUCAAGUGGUGACAGACAGGAAGUGCACGGACAAGCACAGCAGUACCAAAGGAAAACUCACAACUCCGUAAAGGCAGCAGAGACACUGAGUUCAGCUGUGAGAGGCAGAAACAUCUGGAUGAACACAAACUGUCUAUAAGGAAGCUUCAGCUCAUUUAAACAGUUUAAACCGAAAUACAACAAAUGAAGAUCUGGCUUUUGCUGACCUCGAGUGCUUUAACGUCUCGCCUCGCGUCAGUGACGUACAAGUGUACUCCAGGACGCUGUGACAUCACUGUUGGGCGUAGCUACAGGUGAAACAGGCUUCAACCAGAGAGAGGGCAGCAAAACGCAGCUUCUCCGCGGUGAAAAUCUGGACCUUUAAGUGGUUUAAACAAAGUUUUACAUUCAAAGUUUCUCACCAGAACUCAUCGUGUCCCUCCGAGGCUUAACAAAGCAUUUCCGUCUUCAUUUAACGCCAAUUUAUGAAAGAAAUUGAAAGCUAACAUGUUGGCACAGUACCGCCACCACCUGUCGAUCGUGGGAAUAGCAUGAACCGCUGACAGGACUGUGUAACAACAGGCGCAUGAGAGCGAAAGUACUCUAAAGCAGAACGGCCCGUUUCAGAAUAAUAUUUAUUUUAUAAUUGGAUUAUAAUUAUUGCUGCACUUUUGUUUAAGCAUCACUUUAAUGUUGCAGCUGGUAAAUGUGGAUUUAACAAAUUUAUUUACUGCUGGGUAGUUUAACCUGUAAUAAUAUAAUUUAUUUGUUAAUUAUAUUUUGUAUUAACCUGUCUUAAUCUGCAGAGUAACUAUAGCUGUCAAAUUAAUGUAGUGGAGUAAAAAAGUACAAUAUUUGCCUCUGAGAUGUAGCGGAGUGGAAGUAUCAAGUAGCAUGAAAUAGAAAUGUACUUAGUCACCUUCCACAGCUGCAAAAGUCAAAUACAAAGAUGUUUAAUAUAUAUUAAGGUGUUAAGUUACUCUUUGAUAAACCUGCUGUGUCUCUAUAUGAAGCUGUUCUCCACAGUUAGAUAAAACUCUAAGCCCCCAAAUAAAAACACCGGAGCCUUUUAAUAGUCAGGAUGUAUCAACGGACAUCUUUACUUUUCUGACAUUUUCAUUGCUGGAUUUGUUCAUGUUGUGAUUUUGAACAGUUUUUUGUAUUUACGAUGGUUUCUCAUCUCAUCGUCGUCUCAUAUUUCUCUUGUGUUAGUUGACAUUAAACAGAUUAUUAUACAUA